UUGACUCUCCCCCUUCCCCCGGCUGCAGCCGGCUCUGGCAGCGGGCGGUGGUUGCAGCAGGCGAUCCACUGCCCCGCGAGGCCAUGAAGGUGAAGAAGGGCGGCGGCGGGGCCGGGCCGGGGGCGGAGCCCUCCCCAGGGGCCUCGGGCCGGAGCAUGGAACCCACGCGGGAGCUCCGGGCGGAAUCCGAAUCUGGGUCCGAGUCGGAGCCCGAGCCAGGCCCGGGGCCCAGGCCGGGGCCGCUGCAUGGCAAGCAACCCAUCGGGCCGGACGACGUGCUGGGACUGCAGCGGAUCACGGGCGACUACUUGUGCUCCCCCGAGGAGAAUAUCUACAAGAUUGACUUCAUCAGGUUCAAGAUCCGGGACAUGGACUCAGGCACUGUCCUCUUUGAAAUCAAAAAGCCACCUGCCUCAGAACGGUUGCCCAUCAACCGGCGGGACCUGGACCCCAAUGCAGGGCGCUUUGUCCGCUAUCAGUUCACACCUGCCUUCCUACGCCUGAGGCAGGUGGGAGCCACGGUGGAGUUCACAGUGGGAGAUAAGCCUGUCAACAACUUCCGCAUGAUUGAGAGGCACUACUUCCGCAACCAGCUACUCAAAAGCUUUGACUUCCACUUUGGCUUCUGCAUCCCCAGCAGCAAGAACACCUGUGAACACAUUUAUGACUUCCCGCCUCUCUCUGAGGAGCUGAAUCCCCUCCCCCUGCUCCAUGUGCUGAAGUCUCUCUAGUAGCCUGCUCCUGACCUUUGCUGUGACUGGCCCUCUCUUGCAGUCAGCGAGAUGAUCCGUCACCCAUAUGAGACACAGUCUGACAGCUUCUACUUCGUGGAUGACCGGCUGGUGAUGCACAAUAAAGCAGACUAUUCGUACAGUGGGACACCCUGACCCUUCAUACUACCCCUAUCUAAGAGGCUCUGGCCUGGGCCCUAUCUGUGACCGCUCCAAUAUCAUCUCAACUUGGGGAUGCACUAUUGGUCCUGGACCCUGAGUUGGUCUUGGGAGGAAGGGUGCCCAGUGUCCCUAGGCCAAGCCUCUGAAGCCCAUGGGGUCUGGCCUAUGGGAAGGGACAGCAGGGAGUGCUCUUUGCUCCCAUGUUCAGGAAGGCCUCCUACAAGAAGAGCAGCCAGGACUUCUGGACACCUCACUGGGCCCUCUGGGCCCAAGCUUCAGAAUAAUGUUCCCUUCUUCAGGCUGUGACUAGGUCAGGUUAGGGAUCCAUUUCCUGUCCCUUGCCUGCCACCUCCAGGCCGCUUAGAAUUGUCAAUUCAUAGACAAAGAUCCACAGUGGGUCUGGGCCUCAGCCCUGACUUCCCAUCAUGGGCUGAGACACUGCACUAGGUGCCAGAGGGAUGGGUCCAGAUUGUAGCCUGUGGUAGGACCUGGACCAACUGUAUAUAGUUUUCAAUAAACCUUCUUUUCUGUUCUUGA